UAAAAUUAGACCAAUUCACUGAAUUAUCACCAUGAUGUGCUUGGUAUAUAAACAGCGACACAAACCUCCAGUUCCAAAACAAGUUGAUAGGUAUUGACUGUCAAUAAUGAAAGUCUUCAUAGCCUUAGCCUUAAUAGUGUCGGUGAGCGCCGUUCCCCUCCAGGAAUUGGAGAGCGAAUGGAUUGCAUUCAAGAAUGAAUUCCGUGGGAACUCCUACUUCGGUGGUGAGGGCGAGGAGUCGGUGCGCCGGCAGAUCUUUGAGAUCAACUACGCGUACAUCACUGCCCAUAACGCUGAGGCCGACAAAGGUGUCCAUACUUUCCGAUUGGGUGUCAACCAGUUUGCAGACAUGACUAACGAGGAGUACCGACAGCUCCUGAACCUGAAGGUGAAUGCAAACCAUGUGAACAAGACUUAUGCUGCGGAUGUGGACAACCGACGUCUUCCCAUAAGUAUCGACUGGAGAACCAAAGGUGUGGUCACACCCGUCAAGAGUCAGAGUCAAAGUCGGUACGCUAUCAACACAGGAAAUCUAGUGACACUGGCGCCCCAACAGAUAGUGGACUGUAUUUAUCCCGGUCGGGAUGUCUGCAAAACAGGCGGCGACGUCGUGGACGCCAUUGAACUGGUCAUCAAAGAGGGUGGUAUUGAAAAGGAGUCGGACUACCCAUACCACGCCGGUUCGGGAAUCUGUCAGUACUCCAAGAGUAAGAAAGCCGUUACCGUCACCGGUUUAAACACUGUACAGUACGGUGUGGAGUCAGCCCUCAAGAGCGUCGUGGCUCUCGUGGGACCGGUAGCCGUGACCAUCGAUGCCGGCCACCAAAACUUCCAACUCUACACGAGCGGUGUCUAUGUUGACAGCGCCUGUCGUAACGAUUUUCAGAGUCUUAAUCACGGAGUUCUGGCUGUGGGUUAUGGCAGUGAGAAGGGACAGGACUACUGGCUUAUUAAGAACUCGUGGGGCGCUCAAUGGGGAGCUCAGGGCUAUAUUAAAAUGGCCAGGAACAAUAAUAACCAGUGCGGUGUGGCCACCUAUGGUGUCUACCCUACCACUGUUUACUAA